GUGCCCAGCCUGCUGUCGGACCGGAGGGGAGCCUGCCCUCCCUUGAACUUCAAGCCCUGGUUUGCAGUGAUCCCGGAGUGUCCUCCUCCCUGUGUGAGCUGUGUAGGUGGCUACGCUGCUUCUCCGAGGCCCCUCCACGGCGGUGCACGGGCUGGGCCAGGCCGGGCAGCCAUGGCUGACGAGAAGACCUUCCGCAUCGGCUUCAUCGUGCUGGGGCUCUUCCUGCUGGCCCUCGGCACGUUCCUCAUGAGCCACGACCGGCCCCAGAUCUACGGCACCUUCUACGCCAUGGGCGGCGUCAUGGUGAUCGGCGGCGUCAUCUGGACCAUGUGCCAGUGCUACCCCAAGGUCACCUUCAUACCCGCAGAUGCCGACUUCCAAGCCAUCCUGUCCCCGAAGGCGCUGGGCCUGCUGGAGAAUGGGUUCGCCGCCGAGAGGAAGAGCCCCCAGCCCCCCUACGCCAGGCUGUGGGAGGAAGCCGCCUAUGACCAGAGCCUGCCCGACUUCAGCCAUAUCCAGAUGAAGGUCCUGGGCUGCAGUGAAGACCCUCGCCCCCUGCUGGCCCCCAAGCAGGGACAGCCGCAGCUGGGAGCCAAUAAUGGAGGAGAAGGUGGCCCUCGUGACACUCAGGCCUGGACGGAGGCCACUGUGGUCAUCCACAGGGGCUCGGACGAGGACAAGGGAGAAAGAAGCCCAACUCAGAGCAGGCCCGGCCCCCCGGCCUGUCCUCAGGGCCCUGCACCCUUGGCUUCCUUCCCGGAUGAUCUGGACAUGGGCUCCAGUGAGGGCAGCAGCCCCAACCCAUCUCCGCCUGAGGGGGAGGAGCCUCGGCCCCCACCCCAGUAUCCCUGGGCCUGCAAGUGCCGGCUGGACCGCUUCCACGACUUUGCCCUGAUUGAUGCCCCCACGUCGGAGGACGGGCCUCCAGAGGGCCAGUGGCGGGAGGCAGCCCGGUCCAGCUCCUGGCAGCGGUCCCCGAGGACAAAGGAGGAGGAGGAGGAGGAGGCUUCGCACACAGGCGCAGAGGAGCCUGAGCGGGAAGAGGAAGAUUUGUACUAUGGGCUGCCGGACAGCCCCGGGGACCCCCUCCCGGACAAGGAAGUGGGCUUUGAGCCUGACGCCCAGGGCUGAGAUGGAACUGCUCCCUGGGUUCUAACCUGGUGCCACUGCUAACCCCUGUGUGACCUCACAGGGCCCCAAUUUCCCCAUCUGCAAAGUGAGGUUAUAUGGAGGUGCAAAUGGGAUGAUGGACCCAGGAGCAGUUUUGAGAACUGCAAAGAGAUGCACAGGGAGGGGCUGGUGACUAUCCGUGGACCACUGCUGUUCCAACUGUUAACGUUCUUUGGUGAAGCUUUGAAGGUAAAAUAUGAUUUGUGGAGAAGAUUUGCAGCAGCCGCGGCCCUCAAGAGCUUUUUCUGCCUCCCCACAAAGCUGACCUCUAAACAGGAGCCCUCCUUGGUGCUGCCCCUCGGGUCCCCCGUCCUCUGUGAAGGCCUCUCGGGAUUUCUGUUCCUGUUGAGACUUUUAGUCCACCUGGUAGAUGGCGUGAUCCGGCUUCGUUCACAGCUAACCAUGUCUCCCCUGCCCACAGCCCAUUGCUCUGGGAUCCAGACCUUCUGUGACUGACCUCCAGAUUUUCUCCCUGGUCAGCCCUGUGCCACACGCUCUGCUCCUCCAAUCCCGAGGCAGUGCCCCAGCACACACACUCACCCUGCUGCCCCGUGCCCUUCCCAGGCUUUCGCCUCCGCUAGCACGCCCUUUGCCCCCUCGUCUGCCUGGCAAAGGCAUGCUUGUCCUUCAGACCCCUGCACAGAUGUCCCCCCUCUGAGGGCCUUCCUGAUGCCAUUGCCUCCUGGACCGUUAGCCCUUGUUCCUUGGGCCCCCCUUGGGUCUUGUACAUUUAUCACUGGAGCGUGAUUGUCUGCUCAAAGCUCGCUCCUGUGCUCUGCUCACCUCGGUGUCUCCUGUGCCCUGAGUCGCUGGUCAGUGAAGGUGUAUGGAACUGCCCAGAACCCAGGAAACUUUUGCAGAUAACAUCCCCCUUCCCCACACCCCUAACUCUUAGGCUCCCAGCCCCUUUUAUCUCUGGCAUUCAAACCUCCAAAUGGCCUGCAGAGUAGUCUCAAAGCCAGGUAAAGAGCCCCCAGAGUGACCCCCCUCCCUGCAGAAUCCGUCUGCAUUGGUGUAGGAUUGUGGGUGACAUUAAGCUUCCUGGCUUAACUCAGUUUGAUUUGGGGCAUUACUGAGCAUCUGCUAUGCACCAGACGCAGGCUGGGAUCCUAGAGGGAAAGAGACGUGAACGGAUUGUGGUUACCAUCCUCGCAGCUCACGAUCUGGUGAGCUUGGUUUCUUGUGAGUUGGGGACAGAGUGCAGAGCAGGAGCCGAGAGGUUAAUAAGUGACACACCAGAGGCAGCGGGGUGACCACCACACAGCCACCUGGGGCCACUGAGUGCAGGGCAAAUAGCUCAGUCUGCUUCCGCGGCCCCUGAAGCUGACGCUGUAUGUAGCAUCACAGAGUAAGUCUUUCAUGACGCUGCUCUCUGCACCGCCCCUCUGUGCCCCAGCACAGGGACAGAGGCCGCUUCAGAGACCAGGCAGUGGCACUACCUCAGACCACGUCCACAUGCUCAGAGUGUGCUCCCUGGGCCGCCUGGGAGGGGGAGACCUUCAUUCCGGCUGGGCCUCUAGGUUGGGGUUGGGGGUCCCGACCGUGGAGAAAGGAUGCCCCCCUUGCUGGGUCAGAAGGGCAUACCCCUGGAACACACACCCUCUUCUGUCUGGGUCUUUGCUACCUCCAGGGUGACAGCCUCUGCAGCGAAGGGUGCCAUUGGGCACAUCCCCCAUGCUGUAACCCACAUCCCUAUCGUGGCCGAGUCCGCAGGCCAGGUGAAUGUAGUGUGCUCCUGUGCUGUUUACUCAGGAGGGGAGCGAGGAUCUGCAUCAGAAAGAGCACCAGCACCCACGCUAAAAUAAAAAAGGUUUCAACAUUA